AUGGUUUUGCUCCAUGUGAAGAAUGGUGAUGAGAGCCAAUUUCUGCUGGAGACAACAGGCACCAUUUCCAUUGAAGAUUUAACACAGGAAGUGACCAAGAUCUACAAUGGAAGGCUCAAAGUUCAUCGUGUUUGUGCAGAAAUAGAAACACUGGCAGAACAUGGUAUUUUCUUACCUCCUAACAUGCAAGGUCUGACAGAUGAGCAAAUAGAAGAGCUGAAGCUGAAGGAUGAAUGGGCAGAAAAAUGUAUUCCAAGUGGUGGAAGUGUCUUUAAAAAAGAUGAAAUUGGACGAAGAAAUGGUCAUGCUCCAAAUGAGAAAAUGAAACAGGUUUUAAAAGCAACAGUAGAAGAAGCCAAGGCACUUAUAUCUAAGAAACAAGUGCAAGCCAAUGUGUGUGUUAAUAUGAAUAUGGUGAAAGAUGCACUGGACCAGCUCCGAGGAGCUGUGAUGAUUGUUUACCCAAUGGGACUCCCUCCAUAUGACCCAAUUAGAAUGGAGUUUGAAGAUAAAGAAGAUCUGUCAGGAACUCAUGCUGCACUUGAGGUGAUUGAGGAACCAGAGGCACAACUGUGGUGGGCAGCAAAAGAACUGAAGAGAACAAAGCAGCUUUCUGACUAUGUGGGCAAAAAUGAGAAAACCAAAAUUAUUGUGAAGAUACAGAAAAAAGGACAAGGAGCUCCAGCCCGUGAGCCUGUCAUAAGUGGUGAAGAACACAAACAGAUGAUCCUUUUUUAUCACAGAAGGCAAGAGGAACUCAAGAAAUUGGAAGAAAAUGAUGAUGAUUCGUUUUUAGAUUCUGAAUGGGCUGACAGUCAUGCCUUGAAAAGACAUUUUCAUGGUGUAAAGGACAUUAAGUGGAGACCCAAAUGAAGUUUUGUAUGCAGGUUUUUCCCCUUUUUACAAGUUAAAUUAAUCCACUGAGGUUUACAAAUAACAUGGAUGAUAAAACGUGCAUUAUAAUUAUUGUGAAAUAUUAGCUUCUAGUUUUGUAGAAGUGAUUAUUGUUAUGAUUGAUUGCAAAAUAUAUUCAGCCUCUUUGGCACACUUGCCUUUUAGAAAUAAAAAACUAAGGCUUAUUUUGUGAAUCCACUACAAUAGACCUACAAAUUGGAUGUUUAUAUUUUUAACUAGUUCACCAGUAUGGCUGUCAUAUUAUUAAACUGGUUGUCGUCAUUCUA